CAAACCCUGAAGAGAAACCUGUGCUGCUGAGAGUCCUUAGAUGAAGGACAGAGAGUGUGAAGAGAAAGUGUGUGUGCUGAGAGUCCUUUACAUGAAGGACAGAGAGUGUGUUUCAAACCCCGAGAGAUGAGACGCGCUCGUGCAUGUGCUGAGAAACACACGCGCUUCGCUUCGUACGCGCAGCAUUCAGAGCUGUGAAGAUGAUCCCUGUGAACGAGUUCAGGAACAUCGUGUCGGAGCAGAACCCGCAGUUCCGGGUCCUGAAGCCCUGGUGGGACGUCCUGUCGGAGUAUCUGGGCAUCGCUAUGCUCAUGAUCGGCGUGUUUGGCUGCACGGUUCAGCUGACACAAGACAAGAUAUCUUGCCUGCCGAACCGACUCACGGGUCUCUCUCACGGAGACAGGGAUUGCAAUCACAUACGGCAGCACAAGGAGAACGAGAGCCUGUGGGAAUUCGCCAUCACCAAACAUCUCAGUCCAAACAUCGUGGAGGUGUUCGGGAGGAAGAACGGCCUCGAUAUCCACCAGUACGAAUUCGUCAACCACUUCUGCUAUGAACGUGCCGUGCACUGGUAUGGCAAAUACUUCCCUUACCUUGUCGUCAUCCACAGUAUGAUCUUUAUGGUGGCCAGCAGCUUCUGGUUCAAGUUCCCAGGGACAUCGUCUAAAAUCGAGAUGUUUGUGAUCAUACUGGGGAAAUGCUUCGACUCUCCCUGGACCACAAGAGCCAUCAGCGAAGUGUCCGAAGAAAGGCGGGAAGAGAGAAUGGUCGUAUGGAGAAAGAAUACAAUGACCAAAUCAGACACGGGAAACGACGACGACAUGGUGUCUCUAAUCCGAUCUUCCGUGAAGGAUCAGAAAUCGCCAGAAACCGCCGCGUCGCUCUUGGAUAAAAAAGAGGGCGAGCAAGCAAAGGCCUUGUUCGAAAGAGUCAAGAAGUUUCGGACGCAUGUUGAAGAAGCGGAUCUUCUUUACCUCAUGUACGUUCUUCAAACGGUGCUCAAAGUCUUUAAAUUUGCUUUAAUCACUAUUUAUAGUAUCGUUUUGGUCCCGAACAUCCAGAUUGUGGUGAUGUGUUCGGUGCCUCCAGAUCUGACCGGGUUUGAGGCGUUCUGCUGCAACUACAACAAAGCACAUUUGUUUUCCAAAUUAGCAUAUUGCUACAUAUGCUUAGUCGGAGUUUAUGGACUGCUGUGCAUUUAUUCACUUUACUGGCUGUUUCAUCGACCACUCAAAGAGUAUUCCUUUGAGGCGGUCCGCUUGGAGACGGGAAUUAACGACAUCCCGGAUGUUAAGAAUGACUUUGCGUUUCUCCUGCACCUUAGUGACCAGUACGACGGAUUAUACUCCAAACGCUUUGCCGUCUUCCUCUCUGAGGUGAGCGAAUGCCGUUUAAGGCAGAUGAACCUCAACAACGAGUGGACGGCUGGUAAACUCCGUGCUCGUAUGUCGCGCAACGCGAGCGAGAGGUUGGAGCUACACUUGUUCAUGCUUCCAGGUCUACCGGACACCGUCUUCGAGGUUUCGGAAGUAGAGUCGCUCAAACUGGAAAUGAUAAGCAACAUCACGGUGCCUGGAAGCGUAACGCAGCUCACGGCCUUACAGGAGAUCUCGUUGAUCAACAGUCCGGCUAAGCUUCAGCUAGCGGCGCUUAAUCACCUGCGCGAGCACCUAAAGGUUCUGCGUCUGACCUUUGAAGGCCCGGAUCAAGUUCCCCCGUGGAUGUACACCUUACAAAACCUGGAGGAGCUUCACUUAAGCGGCCCUUUAAGCAGCGAACUCUCUCGUAGUCCUUCCCUCGACACUUUACGCGAGCUCAAAAACCUGCGCGUGCUAACGUUACGUAGCAAACUAAUCAAGAUACCACCAAGUAUUGUGGAUGUUUCCAAUCACCUUUUGCGAUUGUGCGUUCACAAUGAAGGUACGAGGCUUCAGGUUUUCCACAGCCUAAAGAAGCUGGUUAGCCUAGCCACUUUGGAGCUAACAGGCUGCUGUCUUGAGCGAAUCCCAAGCGCGGUGUUUAGCCUUUCCCAUCUCCAAGAGCUGGACCUUAAAGAGAACAGGCUCAUCACUGUAGAAGAAAUCUUGAGUUUGCAGCACUGCCGACGUUUGACGACCCUCAAACUCUGGCAUAAUGACAUUUCCUACAUCCCCGAACACGUUAGCAAACUCCGCGCGCUGGAGACGCUAGACGUCAGCUGGAAUAAGAUCCACAAGCUUCCACUUCGGUUGUGUUACUGCACUAAACUUCGACAUCUGGAUCUCUCGCACAACCAGCUGACAUCGCUUCCCUUGGAGAUCGGCGUCCUGCAGUGUCUCCAGUUCUUCUCGGUGGCCUUCAACUCUCUGGAGAGUCUCCCUGAAGAGCUCUUCUCCUGCAAGAGGCUGAAGGUCCUAGCGUUGGGAAAUAACAGCAUUUCCACCUUGUCCCCACGAAUUGGGAAUCUGGCUCUGCUGGUUCGGCUCGAGCUGAAGGGAAACAGGCUCGAGUCUUUGCCUGUAGAAAUCGCAGACUGUCUCCUACUAAAACUACCUGCUCUGAUAGUGGAAGAUAGUCUGAUGGACCUGCUGCCUUCGGACGUGAAGGACAGACUGAAGCACAGAUAAUCACAACACUGGCUCACAUUCUUAGUUUUAAUGGGAGUAUGCUUUGAACAAAUCAAACACUGUGAACCCGAAGUGAAAUUAGUCAAAUUAAAUGAGUUAAU